AUGUUACGGUAAGUCUUCAGGGAGAAGUGGCGCCGGAGGCAAAAUUCCUAAAAAUUUACCGCGAUUUGCCUGAAAGUUUGAGCCGCCAACUUUCGGUCGACAUAUUUAGCGUGACUGUUUUCGAGCAUGCGAAACGAGGCGGGUAGGCAAGACAAAGAACAAAAUUUUUGUGCCUUUUCCUACCGUAGAGCGUAAUGUUUCCACAAGGAAAAAAAUCGACAUAAAAGUUGGAAAAAAUGUGCCUCCUUUUUUCGAAUUUUAGCAUGAAAGCUUUUGUGCCAAUUCCCCACGGAGAGAGUGAUGUUUCCACAAAAAAAAUCUUUUUUUUUUGCCCACGAAGCUUGCAAGCAUACGGUAUGAAAGUUUCUUAUCUCUUCUCCGCGUUUUCCGCACUCACCGUUGAAUAUCUGCCUUUUCGAAGCGCGAAAUAGAAUUUUCAGGAAUUGGUAUGCGACCUAGGCGCAAAUAGUAUACGAAAUUAUUAUAGGAAAAGUCUGAGCGUCCCAUUUGUACAGUGUUCAAUGCAUACAUGGCUCGGGGCUUCGCAAUCUUUGGGUGUCCAAAAAAUGUGUCAAAAUGACAGCUAGUUAGAAUGCACCGAGACUAAAAUUGGAGUGCAUAGCUAAGGGGACCUCUAUUUGUGCACUGGGGGACCUGAUCCAGCGGCAAAAACGUACCAUUUCGUAUCCGGGAAGUAUCAAAAAUGUGGCAAAAUGCUUCCCUCUCCAAGUGAAAAGACUUCUUUUGAAGGUUUUCCCUCACGAAAAGGGCGGGCGCGCUUAUGAAAUCGGAGUUUUUUCACUUGGAGAAGGAAGCAUUUUGCCACAUUUUUGAUAUUUCCCGGAUGCAAAAUGAUACGUUUUUUGUCACUUGAUCAAGUCCCCCACUGUAAAAUAGAAAAAAUCUGAGCGUCCCAUUUGGGGUCAGGGCCCUGUAAAAAAGCCCCUGAAACAACCCUCCCUACGACCCAAUUUUUUCUUACCAGAAGUUUUUAUUCUUACAGGCUAGCACUAUCCCCCAGAGCCACUCGUUUUGUACGAUCUGUGACGUCUGUCGCCUCUGUCAGCCCGAGUCCAAAGACCGGCCGUCGGGUUCUUGUCCCGGAAUACCCACUGAAACGUAUGCCAGGAAAGAGCGUCAGCAUUGAAGUCGCCGAAUAUAGUGACUAUGACGUCAUUGACCGAUUCUCAUUCGAACAUUUUUCGAAAUUGGAGAGUGCUAGUCAAGGAGUCGGUAGGUGAUUUUAUAUCUUGUGGCACUCUUCUUCUAGGCUCAAACCCCGCCGUCCUUCAUGAGCAAGUGGUCCGGAAAAUCAUGAACUCCUGCCUCCGUUAUCCCUACAGCACGUUGGCGUUUGAUGGCGACGAACUGGUUGGGUUCAAUCUUAUGAAUAUUGAGUGUUAUGAUCAGAACAUGGAUGUUCCACCACUAGGACUUGAUGACUUUGGGGACUGUAGGUUUUAGUGAAUGCAAAACAAAGAUUAAUUUCAGUAGAAAAGAAGCUCUUUGAGGGCUCUGACUUGACUGAUCAAAACAUCCGAUAUGUGGCUACAUUGUUGUAUUAUGCCACUAAUAUUACUCCGCACUUCUUGCCAAAGAAGGACAACAAACAAUACGCGGCGCAUGGGGAGAUGGUCUGUGUGAGGAGGGAUUAUAAAGGGUAAAUUUUCUUGUAUAUAUCAACACUAUCAACUGUCAGUCUGUCGGGGAAAUAAUGAGCGCAAUUAGAAGCAAUUCACUGCUUCUAUUUUCGGCAUACCUACGGGGUGUCCCAAAAAAAUGCGUGCUUUUUUCAUGCGUCCUGACGCGAAAAUAUUUAGGUCAGGCCAAAAGAUUUUUAUACUGUUAAAAUCUCCGUGUUUUUCCGUCCUAGCCAUCUCAUUUUUAUGUUUACAUCGAUUCAAUAACAUGCUUUUUCGGAAUUUCAAACAGGGGAACUGCGAUUUUGCCACUAUUUUUGAGCCGUUCAAGUAUCAAGUACACAUAGUAUCAUUUCCUCUCCAGAAACGGCCUUCUCGGCGCGAUGCUUCAACAAAGCUGUGUAGCAGUGCAUGAACACGGCUUCGCCGACUAUUUGAUGGGCAACCCAACAACUAUUGCGACCUGCUCCGCCUCCGAGCAACUGGGCGCGGCGAAGGUGUGGGAACUCAAGUACAAAGACGUCAAAUUCAAUGGGAAACACGUCUACAAGAACGCGGACGACAAGGCGUCCGUCUCGCUGAACCUGGGACUCAUCACGGACGCGGUGAAGAGCCGAUACACCGAGAAAUAUACGAGUGGCGAUUCGGUGCUGUGGCUGUAUAAUUAG